AUGGCUGUACCCCCACGAAACGACGGUCGGGUCAUUCUCCACCUUGAUUAUGACUGCUUCUAUGCAUCAGUCUUUGAGGUUGAGCAGCCAGCACUGAGAUCUCUGCCACUGGCUGUUCAGCAGAAACAGAUUGUCGUAACAUGCAACUACGAAGCCCGACGGCGGGGGUUGCAUAAAUUGCAACUCAUCAAGGAUGCCAAGCGUAUCUGUCCCGAUGUGGUCAUUGUCUUGGGCGAGGACUUGACCAAAUUUAGGAAUGCAUCGAAGGAGUUGUACUUAAUUGUUCGGUCCUUCAUUUGGGGUGGACGUGUUGAAAAGCUGGGGUUUGAUGAGCUUUUUCUAGAUGUCACUGAAAUGAUUGAUUACAACACCGGCGUCUUGAAUCCGAAUGACUUGUCGAACUCGUUUUUUGUUCUUGAUCGGAAAGACCCUACUGUCGGCUUUGCUUAUGAUGCCACUCGAUACCAGGGAUUGACCUUUCCGGCGACAGAGGCUGCGCCUAUAGCUCAAAAGGAUCCAUUUUCUCUAGAAAUGAGGCUGCUUGUUGCUUCUCAUUUUCAAUGGUUCUUGAGAAGUCAUAUGGAACAUGAGAUUGGCUUCACGGCUACGGGUGGAAUUUCAACAUCUAAACUGCUGGCAAAGUUAGUUGGCAAUGUCCACAAACCCAACGGACAAACCACACUUCUGCCGCCAUACACGGCGGCGGGGGAUAACCCCAGCAAUGUCACCCAUUUCAUGGAUGACCAUGAGAUUCGGAAAAUUCCUGGAAUUGGCUCACGGGUUGCCGAGAGACUGAAGGCUCAUAUCUCAGGGGCAGAAUCCGUGGACGAGAAGAUCACUGUCCGAGAUAUCCGCCAGCUCCCGGGAAUGGGGCCACCCUUGCUGGAAAAGAUCCUUGGCGGACCAGGCUCAGCGAAAGGGGUCGGGACGCGCAUGUGGAGCAUUCUGCACGGGGUGGACAAUACAGAUGUGCUCGAGGGCCGAGACGUGCCCACCCAAAUCAGUAUCGAAGAUUCCUACGGCCGGCUUGAUACCCUGGAGAGCGUGAGGCGAGAGCUGGUCACACUUUCACGAAGCCUAAUACGUCGCAUUAGGACAGAUUUACUUGAGAGGAGUGACGAGAGCACUCCCCAAGGGAGAUGGCUUGCUCACCCUCGUACUCUGCGACUAUCGACGCGGCCAAGGCCUCCGCCAGAUAUGGACACUACCCGUGCAUACAAUUUCAAUCGCAUUUCCCGGUCAGCACCUUUGCCAUCUUUCAUGUUCAGCCUGGAUGAGAAUAUCGAUGCCUUGGCUGAAAGACUAGUCAAAGAAAGCCUCUUGAUUAUGUUCCGAAAACUGCACCCUGAAAAAGCCGGUUGGAAUCUCAGUCUGAUGAAUGUUGCGGUAACCAAUAUGGUUGAGACAGCCGGCGAUCAGAAGCAAAGCAGUGGACGGGACAUUAGCAAGAUGUUUCGACAGCAGGAGACCGUGCUUAAAGACUGGACGGUUCAGGAACCUGAAUCCCCGUCGGUAUCUGUCCAGGCUUCCCGAGCUCCUAUUGGCGGUUCGCCUGGGACUGAGCCACAGUCUGCCGAGGCCGAGGAUGGCUGGGAUGAUGGCGACGAAGAUGAACCGCUGGCUAGCAGUGGUGUUCUCUGCCCUAUCUGCGGGGCAUGCAUACCUCAUUUCGCACAGGUGGCACAUGAGACGUAUCAUUCUGCUCCAGAGUAG